GUUAUAUAUUCUAUUGAAAUACUUAACAUAUAAGGUGUGGCCAGUUUGUAAACAACGCCAGUUGGACGUUUGCUUUGAAAGUGAAAAUGCAAUACCUUCGUGGAGACACGUUCCCUCCAAAUAUGUUGGAGUACGAUGAAAUCUUGGAGAAGAUAGGCUAUGGCAAGACCCAAUGGAUACUACUUCUAAUAAGCGGCCUUCUGACAAUCACAUCUGUGGCUGCACAGCAAACAAUGAGCAUUGUUGUAAUCGCAUCCCGCUGCGAGUUCGACACAACGGAAGCCGAGAUGGGUGUCAUGAUGGCGGCAUAUGUAGCAGGGGUUUUUCUCUCAACCUAUAUAUGGGGAUAUGUCUGCGAUGCAAUAGGUCGUCGCAAGGUUUUGCUUUACGGAACAUUUUCAAGCUGCGCCCUUCUAUUUGUUCUCAUGUUUGUGACGAGCGUUUGGCUAUUUAACAUUAUUAACUUGCUUUCUGGUAUCAGUCUCGGCGGUGUCUCAGCAGCACUCUAUGCAUAUUUGAGCGAAUUCAACAUACCUCGUCACCGAGCCGUUGCGAUCAAUUAUUCAACAAUGUUUGUCAGUGUCACUGCCAUAUAUGUCCCAGCAACGGCUUGGGCAGUAUUAUCUUACGAUUGGAGUAUUCCCAUUGUUGGUGACUUUGUGUUUCGUCCAUGGCGUUUAUUAAUGUUAUUAACGCUUUUACCCGGAGUUAUUGGGGGACUGGUACUACUACAUUAUCCCGAAAGUCCCAAGUAUCUGCUGUCUCAAGAUAAAGAGGAUCAGGCAAUAAACGCUGUAGAUUGGAUCAGCAAAUUCAAUCGCGGAUUAUCCAUUACUCAAGUUCUUAGUUGUAAUGAAAUCAGAUUAAAGCCAGAGAUACAGACUGAAGAAAACAUACUAUCGAAUUCCAAAGGCUGGCAUAUAAUCACAAACAUCGCUCGUGCCACAAAGCCUUUGUUUCAUAAGCCGCAUGGAUUUAAUUUCGUGCUAUGUAACGUUGCUGUCUUCUGUAUGUUUUUCAGCUCUAAUGGAAUACAGCUUUGGUUUCCAGAGAUUGUAAACCGAUCAUCCAAUGAAGGAAAUCAAAGCUCUACAGUUUGUGAAAUACUGAGCAGCCCCGAGCAAGGCCAAAUCAAAUCCAUGAAUAGUACCAAUAUCUGCUCUGAUGCAAUUUCAACCAAUACUUAUAUUGACAAUAUGAUAGUGGGUGUGGCCUUUUUGGUGGGUUUCUUAAUACAAGGCGUCAUAUUAAACCCGAUUGGUCGUAAGAACGUUUUGAUGGCUGCCCUCGCCUUGUCAAUAUUCAGCGGCCUCUUACUACAUUUCGUUUCAAAUCCCAUCGUGGUGCUGAUCUUAUUCUGCUUGGUAAUCCUUCUGCCUGGACUAUCAAUAUCUAUUAUGCUGGGUGCCAUUGUCGACCUGGUCCCAACAAAUUUGAGAGGAAAAGCUGUUAGCUUGUGUAUGUCUUUGGGGCGACUUGGAAUUAUUGCAGCAACAAAUCUGAUGGGUAUUAUAUUAAUCCAAUACUGCACCAUGACAUUUGCAUUGCUUUCUGUGAUUCUAAUAGUGUGUUUUGUAGUUGUUUAUUAUCUUCCAAUUCGGAAUUCGGCAUAAUCAAAUUGUGUGGAUUGCGAAUCCGAUUCAUAAACAUAUG